AUGGGGAAGGAGUGCCUGCCCACAGUGGCAAUGGUGCUGGUUCAGCUUGGCUUCGCCGGCAUGAACGUGCUGUCCAAACUCGCCUUGGACACCGGCAUGAGUCCAUACGUGCUCAUCGCCUACCGCAAUCUCAUUGCCGCCCUCUUCCUCGCCCCCCUCGCCUUCUACUUCGAAAGGAGGAGUGGGAUGGUGAUCACCAAGAAAGUUCUUGUCCAGAUAUUCUUUUCCUCCAUUUUCGGCGCGACGCUAAACCAGGUGUUGUACUUCGUGGGGCUCAAGUCCACCACCCCGACGGUGGGGUGCGCGCUCAGCAACACGCUCCCGGCGAUAACCUUCGUCAUGGCCGCGGUACUGAAGAUGGAGACGGUCCGGCUCGCGACGCCCUCUGGGCAGGCCAAGGUAUUCGGCACGGCGGUCUGCGUCGGCGGCUCCAUGAUCAUGCCCUUCUACAAGGGCCCGCUCCUCAAGGUCUGGGCAUCACCCAUGCAUUGGCGCUACGCGGAGCACACAACCGACGCGGCGGCGCCCGCCAGCGGCCAUGCCGCCAUCGUCGGCGACGUGCUCAUAAUUCUCAGCUGCGUCGCCUGGGCCGUCUGGUUCAUCCUCCAGAGUAAGAUGUCGGAGAGGUUCUCGGCCCCGUACACGAGCACGACGAUCAUGUCGUUGAUGGCCGGCGUGCAGUGUGCGGGCGUCAGCGCCGUCAUGGACAGGAGCCUGUCGGCGUGGAAGCUCGGGCUUGACAUCAGACUAUACGCCGCGCUCUACCUCGGUAUCGUCGGCUCGGGGAUGGCGUUCGCGGCGAUGUCGUGGUGCAUCCAGACUCGCGGGCCGCUCUUCGUGUCCAUGUUCAGCCCGCUGAUGCUCGUCGUCGUCGCCAUAGUCGGCUGGGCCAUCCUCGAGGAGAAGAUAUACGUCGGAAGCGCAAUUGGUUCUGCCCUCAUCGUCGCCGGGUUAUACAUGGUGCUUUGGGGCAAAGCGAGGGAGGCCAGCGGACCGGCUGACCUCAGCGACGACGGUGGCGGGGCGCCGGAGACCAUGAUUGUCCUGGAGCUGAACGGCAAGGACGCCAGGAACGGCGACGCCGCCAUUUUGCCCUUGUUCUGUGCUACCACUCCCAAGCACGAAGGCGAGACGGACCGAAACGGCAGCACCUGA